CAAUCCCUUAUUUGCAGAACUGAGAGCAUCGUUGUGUACUUGUGUGAGUGUGUGUAUAUCCAAAACUACACAGACCCUGCAAAAUCCGUUUGAUAAUUGAAUCCCUCGCAGCUCAUCUUCUCAAAUUCAUCUACCAACAAUGAACAAUGGAGUACUCUUAAAACCGAAUACUCUGUUCCAAAUCCCCAUCUCACCCAAUUCCCUUCUUCUUCAUUCCAACAAAACCCACCAUUCUUUGUUCUCAAUUCAACUUCCCAAACACAACUUACUCUCAUUUCAUGUCAAAUUAUCAUCCGGAUUUCCUGUUUUUGCCUCAAAAACCUCAAUAAAAGUCGAAACUAGCAUUCCUGAAGCGGAGAAUUCCGAUUUCGAAGAUGAAUUUGAUGAGGAAUUCGAAGAAGACGACGAAGAUGAAGUGGAAGACGAAGAUGAAGAGAUUUUUGUUCCGUUGAAGAACAUGAGGCAAUGGACUCGGAAUAAACCACAAGGGUUUGGUGAAGGGAAAGAAUACGAUACAAGCGUUGAAAAUAAAUUACUCGAAGAAUUGGAGCAGAGUAGGGUUGCUCAGCUUGCAAAUGUCACUAACCUCAAGAAAAACCCCGAAGAUGGAAACCCUAAUUCUAAAAAAGAAAAACUUCUGAAACAGAAAGUUCCUGAAGACAUUCCAAAUGGAACCCGUGUGCGAUUGAUUAAUCUUCCAAAGAAAAAGAACAUUCAUAGAGAUUUACAAGCAGCUUUUAAACCGUUUUCUGGAAUCAUAAACAUAAUUCCAGCUGUUUUGGGGAACGAAAAGACCAGGGAACCUGUUUGCAAAGGCUUUGCUUUUGUUGAUUUCAAGUCAGAGAAAGAGGCCAAUAGAUUUGUGGACAUGUUUUCAACUGAGCCCAUUACUUUUGGGAAGGUUCAGAAGCAAAUCAGAUGUGAGAUAAUGAAAUCAAGCUCUCCAAAUCCACCUUCCAUUAAAGCACCUGUUCAUGGAACAAAAAACUCUCUUCCAAUUACAAAUCCCAGUGCCCUACUCCCCUCUUCAAAUCCUGUGACUGAAACACUAUUGGAUUCAUACGUGGAGGAUGCUGCUUUUGAUACGUUCAAGAACAUUGAUGAAAAUGAUGAUGAAUUUGUGAAAUUUGAUAAUGUGAUUCAAGAAAAAGAAAAGGAUGAACCUGAGAUGGUUUCAGAGCCAUUGAAGAAAGUUGGAGAAAAGGGGAAGAAGAAGAAGAAGAUGAAGACAGUUAAAAAGAAAGUAGAGAGUAUAACAAAACAGAAUAUUCCUGGAUCUGCAAACAGGUUGAAGAUGAAGGAGAAGGCUUUGCUUUCUGGUGUUUUCUCAAAAUAUGGUGGCAAAUCUGCUAUGGUUGCUAAAGGAACAGAGGUUGAGUGAUAGAGAGCCAGAGAUUUUGUUGUUUUUGUAAUUUUUUGUUUAGAAGAAUGAGACCAAGUGUUUUUGUAGUUAGAGUUAUUAGUUUUUGAUCUUCCAUGUUUAUGUUUCACGGUUUUACCUCAAAGUUUAUAUAUUUAUAUUUUUAAUC